AUGGAUGUUGAUAUGAAGAAAUACUCUGAGAAUGUUUAUUCAGAGGCAAACGAAACGUCUUCUUCUGGAUUUUUUUGGACACGUAUUCGUGACUGUAUCUCGCCGAACUCUCGCACUGAGCUGGUUCAACUUCUCAAACUUGCGGGACCAGUGAUUAUUUCCCAGAUGAUGAUCUUCAUGAUCAGCAUUGUCAGCAUGGUGUUCUGUGGCCAUCUGGGGAAAACAGAACUUGCAGCUGUAUCAUUAUCAAUUGCCGUGGUUAAUGUGACUGGUCUUUCCAUUGGGACUGGCUUGUCGUCAACAUGUGAUACCCUCAUAUCUCAGACCUAUGGGAGCGGAAACCUGAAGCGUGUAGGGGUGAUCCUUCAGAGGGCUGUUCUUAUAUUACUGCUGGCUUGUUUUCCUUGCUGGGCUGUUCUCAUCAACACUGAACCUCUUUUAAUCGUGGCCAAACAGGGCUUUGAGGUUGCCAGUCUGUCGCAACUCUAUGUGAAGUUCGCCAUGCCUGCUUUGCCGGCGGCAUUUAUGUACCAGCUGCUGGGGAGAUAUCUUCAGAACCAGGGAAUUAUUUGGCCUCAGGUCAUAACUGGUGCAAUUGGAAACGUUUUAAAUGCAGUUAUCAAUUACGUCUUUCUCCAUGUUCUGCAUUUAGGAGUUGCUGGCUCCGCUGCAGCCAAUUCAAUCUCACAGUAUGUGUUGGCUGUGGUCUUAUUUGUGUAUAUUAUCUGGAAGGGGUUGCACAAGGCCACAUGGGGAGGCUGGUCAUCCGAAUGCUUACAAGAGUGGGGAGCCUUCAUCAAGUUGGCCAUUCCCAGCAUGCUCAUGCUUUGUCUGGAGUGGUGGCUGUUUGAAGUGGGAGGAUUUAUUGCUGGUAUAAUUAGUGAAGCAGAACUGGGAGCCCAGUCCAUCAUAUAUCAGCUGACUGUAGUAGCUUAUAUGUUCCCGAUGGGAAUUUCUUCUGCUGCUAGUGUUCGAGUUGGUAAUUCUCUUGGUGCGGGAAACACUGAGGCAGCCAAGCUGUCGAGCAAAAUUUCCAUCAUAUGUGCAUUCAUCGUGGCCUCGAUUGUAGGAACUUGCAUCACCCUUGCCAAGAAAGUGAUUGGCUACAUUUUCACCUCAGAACAAGACAUAUUGCAAAGGGCUUCUGAUGUCUUAAUUGUUUUCGUCUUCAUGCAUCUAUCUGAUGCUAUCGCGGGAGUGAGUGGAGGUGUUAUUCGAGGGGUUGGGAAGCAAAAGGUUGGUGCUUUAUGUAACCUGGUGGGACAUUACUUCAUUGGCUUUCCCAUUGGCGUGGCCUUAACAUUUGCAGCAAAAAUGGGUAUUUUAGGACUUUGGACAGGACUCACCCUCUGUGUGUUCAUGCAGGCUAGUUUCUUCCUUAUAUAUUUGUACAGGCUUGAUUGGAAAAAGGCUGCCGAAGAGGCUCAAAUUAGAGCAGGGGUCAAAGUCACCUUUCAAGACACGAUCAAGAUGGAAGAUUGUAAGUCAGACUCAAACACCAACCAGGCCCCAUUUCCAUCCACUAUACCAAACGGUGAAAGCACUGUGGAGGACCAAAAGAUUCCAAGCCAGGAUGAAACGGCACCCACCGCAGUCGGAGAUGUUCUCACAGUAACACAGCUGCUUUUGCGGCGUGGCUUGAUAUUACUUGUCUGCGUUGUCAUCUUAGUAGCUGGAAUUUUUGCCAGUCACUUCUUUGUCAAACUGUUAAAAUGA